UCCGUUGGCUGCCAGGCGGUGGGAGAGCCAUGGCCAGUCGUAGGAGCUUGCGAAAACAGCAGCCCCAGGAGGAACCGCAAGGGAGCAGGAGGUCGCUGCGGUUGUCUAGUAAAAAGGCUGUACCCUUCAGUUAUCAAAGAUCUCUGGCUUAUCAGGGACCUACUACCUCUGCAUUUAUGGAUUUUGCAACACCUCGAACUGUUUUUAAGAAGGUCCUACAGACACAGCCAGUUGUUUCCCCUCUUGUUUCUGAAAAAACUGAUUCUCCAAAAUCAACUGAUACAGUGUUCCAUUUUCCUGUGAAGGCUAGUCCUUCCACCAAUCUAGAAGUCAACCUGUCAGACUCCACUCAAAGAGAUAAGUCUCGGAUUGCGCUGCAUCCAACUAGAUCGAAAAAGGUCCGUCUCUCUGCAUUUGAGAGAGAUCUGAAUAAGCAACUUCACUCAAGCACAGCUCAGGGAUUGCUGGACAGCACAUCUUUGACAAAGUCUCUUCAGAUCUCUUUUUCAACCCCAGCACCAUUGAGCUCUGGUGGGAGAAAAGGCUUAAUCCGUAGGCCCAAAAAUUACCGAGGAGUUAAUGUGAAGGAUUUUGAAGGGGGCCUUGAACAAGACUUGUUGCAGAUAAAAGAUUCAGCACAAAACUACCUUGAAGACUUGCAAGCUGCAACACUACUGUCGAAUGACACACAGGCUUAUUCUGCAGAGACAAAACUCUUUCUCCAGUCUCAUUCCAGUGCGGAGAAUGGCACAGAGCCAUCUAACGUCCCACCUGAGCUGGUCUUGGCGAGGCAGUCUUUAGCUAGUAGGAGCAUGCCACCCAUUAGCCAGACACCAUUUGCCAGACAGGAUGAAAUGUCUGACAUGGAAGUUGAAAGAGUGGCUGAAAGUGGCCAGAAAGCAAUCUUGGCACCAGGAAGUGAAAGUGCUGUUGAGGCAGAAACUGCACCCAAGGAAAAGUCUGAUCGUCACAAAGAAGGAUGCCAAGAGAGCCCGCAGGAUGCUGGAAAAGGAUUGGUACACAGUCUGGCAAAGGAGAAGCUAAGUCCAGGUGCUGAAGAUGCCAACAGCAUGGAAAGCAUUUCCAUGAGAAGAAUUGUCACUCCUCAAAGGCAACAGCAAAAGCCUUUUCAUGGAAACAGUCCUGUUAAGGAAUUCUUCAGUCCCAAAAAGCCUUUGAACACUGGCAUGAAUGCAGUAAGAUCAUCCACCCCAACAGAUGCUGAGUUCCCAGAAGCACCUCAAGGCCAUCUCUCAACUUGUCUGAGUCAAAGGUCUGUCAGGCGUUUGGUGAAUGAGAUGGUGACACAUAUCAUCAGGGGGCUGGAUGACAUUGUCCCAGCAGUUACAGGACAGGGUGUGGCCAAGGGUGGCCUGAAGGAUGGACUUUCCCUGAGUGAAAGUGCUAUUGAUAUCUCCCAAAGGCCUAGGGUGGGAACUCCAAACAGACAUUCAAGUGGAAAGACUCCAAAGCAGCUGGGGAGGACCCCCUUUAAGGAAAUGAGAGAUGGAACCACUCCACAAAUGGGUGAUGGAAGCAGAACAAAAGAAGUGUUGAAUGUGGAAACUGAGCAGGUUCUGGGGUUUGAAGCUGAAAACAACCCAGAAGUUGAGGAGAUGUCAGAAUCUGAGAACCCUGAGCCAACUGGCAAUACACCGGCAUUUGUGCAUGCUAAAGCUUUUCACUGCACACCGCUGCUGUCCAGCCCGUAUGUUUUGAAAGAGGUGGCUCCAAGGUUGCUGGUAAAACAGAGUUUGGUUCAACGGGUUCCAAAGCCAGCUAAAAGAGUAUGCCGAGGAAAACGGGAGCCAUCUCUCCCCAGCAACUUGGUGAAAAAAACGUUUACCCACUACGUUAAGAUGCCAGUAGCCAAAGAUGCUUUAGAGGCUGUGGAGAGGUGCGUGAACUUGUACUUCAAGCAUCUGAGCAAUGACCUGGAAGCCUAUGUGAGUCAUGCUCGACGGAGGACAGCAGAACCAGCUGAUCUGGAGCUCCUCAUGAGACGGCAAGGACUGAUAACAGACAAUAUGCCUCUGAAUGUGCUGGUGGAGCGGCAUUUGCCUAUGGAGUACAGGAAGCUGCUAAUCCCUGUAGCUGUUAGUGGGAACAAAGUGAUCCCUCAGAAACCACGAUGAGAAGCUGAAGCACUUUGAUGCUAGAGACAGAACAUUGGAAUAAGCAAUGCAGGAGGAGGAAGACCUUAUG